AUGACAUGGAAGAAUCAGAGCAAGAAGGACCCCAACAAGAGACCUAUUUCCCAAUUCGAAAACCUCCAUUUCGAUCCUACUGACGAUUCCACUUUUCCCGAGGAAAAACUUCCUAAAAAUGAAGAGAUUUCUAAUGUUAAUGGAGAUGAUGAUGAUAACGAUACAAUCAAGCUUGUUGAGUCCUGUCAACAACAAGGAAAUAAGCUUGUUGAGGAAGGCUAUUUGCCAAAUGGUUGUACUGCAGUUUGCACCAUCACUUAUAACUGGACAUCAACGUUCAUCUCUCUUCUUUUCAUUUUUAUUUUUUUAUUUUUGAAGGAAGGGAAAUAUCGUGAAGCACUUGGGAAGUGGGAAUCUGCUCUGCUUUUGAUGCCAGAUCGUGCCAUUCUGCAUGAACAGAAGGCUCAAAUUUUGCUUGAACUUGGAGAGACAUGGAAGGCGCUACAAGCUGCUACUCGUGCAACUGAGUUGGAACCAAGCUGGGGUGAGGCGUGGGUCACCCUUGGUAGAGCACAGCUGAAUUAUGGUGAGCCUGACAGUGCUAUAGAAAGCUUAGACAGAGCACUAGCCAUCAAGCCAGACUCUGCUGAGGCUCGUAAUGAUCGACAAGCUGCCUUGCAUCAUAUUUCAGAGGAGUAA